AUGGGUGAAUGUCACAAUAACAGCAGCUUCGCCAUGAUGCAAGACCUGCCAGAGAACUGUCCUGACUCUUUCAAUGCCAGCUACGAACUGGACUAUGGAGUUCCACUGGAGGAGAUACCCGACACAACGCAGGGACGUGCGUUUUUUGUGGCCACCAUUGUUAUAGCCAUGGUCCUGGUCUGUAUCAUAUUAGUUUGUGGCAUUGGCAACUGUCUGUUCAUUGCCUCUCUGGCACGCUACAAAAAACUCCGUAACCUCACCAAUCUCCUCAUUGCUAACUUGGCCGUGUCGGAUAUUCUGGUGGCUGUAGUGUGCUGUCCGUUGCUGUUGGAUUACUAUGUGGUCAAGCAGCUGUCAUGGGACCACGGGCUUGUGCUGUGCGCCUCAAUCAACUAUUUACGCACUGUGUCCCUGUAUGUGUCCACCAACGCGCUGCUGGCAAUCGCAGUGGACAGGUACAUGGCCAUCGUCCACCCUAUGAAGCCUCGCAUGAAUUACCAGACAGCCUACAGCCUGAUUCUGGGCGUGUGGAUUGUACCCAUAGUCAUCUCCAUCCCCUCUGCCUACUUUGCCUCCGAGACCACAUACCCGCACAUCUCCAGUCAGAGCCACAAGACCUUCUGCGCCCAGAUCUGGCCUGUGGAACACCAGCUCUACUACCGCUCCUACUUCCUCUUCAUCUUCGCCCUGGAGUUCGCCGGGCCCGUGGCUGUCAUGGCCCUGUGCUACGCCAGGAUCUUGCGGGAGCUGUGGUUCAAGAGCGUGCCUGGCUUCCAGACAGAGCAGAUCCAGAAGCGUCUGCACAGGCGGCGGAGGACGGUGGUGGUGCUGAUUCUGGUGCUGACUGCCUACGUGCUCUGCUGGGCGCCGUACUACGGCUUCACACUGAUGCGGGACUUCCACCCCACCCUGAUCUCCAGGGACAGGAACUCCCUGGUGGCCUUCUACAUUAUCGAGUGCAUCGCCAUGAGCAACGGGGUCAUCAACACACUGUGUUUCGUGAACGUCCGCAACAACGCCAAGUGCAUGCGGACGGUGACCAGGCUGCGCUGGAAGUCUAUCAAAUGUGCAGCAGGAAAGACGGCGGAUGAGCACACCUCGUCUUUACGCGUGACAGAGGAUGUAGAGUGCACAUGCCUGAGAUAG